AACUCUGGCAGAAACGUCAAACGCUGGACACGAAUGUAAGCAGUGUUUUUUUUUGGUUUUUUGAACCAAGGUGAAAAAGUGCUAGUUUUGGCCUAAAUGGGGUUGUUUUGUGAAUGCAGCAUAAUGAGGGAAACGUGAUUGGUGGGGUUGAAGUUUGUUAAAAUAAGGAAUAUUGUUCAAUCCAGAAUAACAAAGUGCGCGUAAUAUUCCAUUUUAUGUCCUUAGCCCAGCUCAGUAGUAUGUGGUGCAUUGCAGGUUGUGAUUUUGCAGCAGUGACGCAAUUACGUAAAAACUAAUAUUGUUUAAUUGAUGAUGGCCUCACGAUUUCGUUUUAGAGCCACAAACUGGACCAGCUGUGAGUUUUCUUAAAAGUGUAGAAUCUGGGUGGCUGGCUGGCUGGCCUUCAAAUGAUGAACUGAGGAAAAAGAAACAAGAAGCUUGUGCAACAUGGAAAACAUCCUGAAAGUCCUGCAACAUGCCACUGGAAAAAGGAUGUGAUGUUAGUGUAUGUGUGUGAGUGAAUGAGUGGUUAUCCUUGGUUUUUUCCAGCAGUAUUUUCCUCCCCUGUCACAGUGACAGAACAUAUUUGUGCCAGUGGAGCUGCAUGUGAACCUGGGGAGAGUUGAAAAAUGUGUCGGCAGAUGAAUAUUGCAGGAAAAUUAAGCUAAAUGUGCUUAUAAUUUUGCUGAAGGUUGUGAAAAAGUGUUGCUCCUAAUUUCAGAGCUUGGGAGUGGUAAAAUUUCAAUCUAGUUGCUGUAAAAAGAGGAAGAAAAAACUAUGGGGCAGGCUGCGAGCCAGAACGACGAUGCCGAACCCGACCAGGAGGACGAUGAAAUUAUCCCGAUGCGUGCGGACCGCUUUCUGACUGAUAGCGAUAUAGCAUGCGAAGAAGCGUCCAGGUUAACAGCCGAACUACAGGAAGAGGCAUCACCUGAGGAUGACGAUGGAAUGUGUGGGUAUCACGAUAUGCCGCCUCCCCCGGAUGGCGGCUACGGAUGGGUGAUUGUGUUUGCGUCGUUUAUGUGUAACAUGAUAGUGGACGGUAUCGCGUAUACCUUCGGUGUGUUUUUGAAUGAUUUCGUGGAGUAUUUUGGCGAGGGCAAGGGUACGGUUGCGUGGGUGGGCAGUUUACUUAGCGGUAUGUACUUAAGCGCAGGUCCAGUGGUUUCGGCCCUGACCAACAAGUAUGGCUGCCGGACAGUCUGUAUAGCUGGUAGUAUAAUCUCCUGCGUGGCAUUUGCUCUCAGUACCUUAAGCACGAAUGUGACCAUGAUGAUGCUGACGUACGGUGUCAUGGGUGGCAUCGGGUUCGGCUUCAUCUACCUGCCAGCGGUCGUCGCCGUUGGGUAUUACUUUGAAACGAAACGUUCCUUGGCGACCGGUAUCGCCGUGUGCGGUUCCGGCUUCGGUACCUUCGCCUUUGCACCGCUGGCCAACAUGCUGCUGGAGAACUUUGACUGGAAGAACUCCACCCUCAUAUUAGCUGGUCUAAUAUUGAACUGCGCAGUGUUCGGUGCUAUGAUGCGGCCACUCACUUAUCCCAAGGAGGACGACAAGGUAAAGCCCCUGAUGCAGCGAAUGUACGAAGAGAAACGCAUGCAGAUGGAGCGCGGCUCGAUCGGGGGUUCCUACUUUAUGGUCCAGCUGCCCGAUGGAACGAUGGAAAAAAGACUGAAAGCUCCGCUGAAUGCCGACCCCGGCGUACACUCGAGCUUGGCCCUGGAUCAGUUGGCCGCACAACAAGGAGGAAUGCACGCGGUCGCUACCCUUCCCACAAUCACCGAAUCCAAGGUCCAGGAGCAAAACGGUUCUAGCAACUCUUCGUCCGAGUCCAGCCAAAUAGAGAUGAAGAAACCACUGCAGAAGAAACGUAACACCAACUCCGAAUCCGAUGCCAACGAGUACGGCUCCAACAAUUUGCCACGGAACGCCUCCCAACCGGCAUUCACUAGUCAUCAAUCAGGUAUUCCAAAGAACGGAUCCGUGCCAACGUUCGACCGGAUCCGCAAGCACUCAACAGGUGAAAGGUUUAAGCCAUCCUUGGCUGCCAUUAAGGCAAGCUCAAGAGGUGACGUUGGUAGCAACGGAGACGACGAUGGCAGCAGCAUGUACACGUCGAAGGCAUCGCUAAAGGCCGACCGUCCCGCCAUGGUGCGUCCGCUGAGUCGUAAGGAUAUCUUCUACUCGGGUUCCGUUACCAACCUCAAAGAGUACCAGUCGCAAAAGUCCCUCACCAACUACCGUAACUCGGUCAUUUCGCUGACCAAGUUCGAGCGUGACCACCGGAACGAUGUCCGCGUCGAGGACGUCGAGAAGGGAACGGAACAGUAUGAUCUGUGUCCGUGUUUGAAGCUUCCGGAAUCGUUCAAGAAUGCCAUCGGGGCGAUGAUGGACGUGAGCUUGCUGAAGGAUCCCGUGUUUAUGAUGAUCGGCAUUUCCAAUAUUUUCGGCAUGGCGGGAUUGUAUGUGCCGUUCGUGUAUCUUGUGGACGCAGCAGUGCUUGAUGGAAUUGAACAAAACUCUGCCUCAUUCCUUAUCUCCAUCAUCGGUAUCACCAACACGGUCGGUAGGAUCGUUUGCGGCUAUGUCGCUGACUUCCCCAAGGUAGACGCACUGUUCCUGAACAACAUUUGCCUGGUCAUUUCCACGUUCGCCGUUUCGCUCACCCCGUUCUGCCACAGUUAUGCUUCGUACGUGGUCAUGGCAAUUGCGUUCGGAAUCGCAGUUGCCGGUUACAUUUCACUGACGUCAAUUAUUCUGGUCGAUCUGCUGGGUCUGGACAAACUCACGAACGCGUUCGGGUUGCUUAUUCUGUUCAGAGGAGCGGCCACGAUUGUCGGAUCGCCACUGGCGGGUGCACUGUACGACGCUACACAAACGUACUCGAUUCCGUUUUUCGUUGCCGGAGGCAUGUUUGGGCUGUCGGCCAUUUUCAGUUUCGCUGCACCGGCCAUGAAGAGAUUCCGCAAACCGGAGGAAGCACCUGUUCACGUUGAGGUGUUGACACCCAUCGACGAAGAACCCUCGGAAGAUUUGGCCGACGACGAUCAGCCCAUCACGAUGGUUCCGAAAAUUGUCCAAACAGCCCCGAGUCCAUCCACGGAACAACCAACCAUCACAGUGAACGGAAGCGGGAACCACAAAGAUGCCAGCAAAGAAGUCCCUCAGAUGGAAUCAGUACUGUAAUUGCCACUCUCACCGUAGUGACGGUUCGGUCAUCUAUGCCCCAAAUUAACAAAACAAACAAAACAUGCGUUUUGCGCGCGCUUGUGCUUACAAUUGUACAUUUAUGAUGUAAAACAACCGUGUUUUGAUUAUGUUUUAUUUAAUUGAAACAGAGAAAAACAAAUGAAACAGUGUCAUACAAUGAAAAGUUGCCUGUCAAGAUACCAAUCAGAGACAAGAAAAACCUAACAUAGUUUACUAGCUGAUCUAAGAGCGAUGUGUGAUUCUAUUGAGUGUGUGCAUGCAACAUUUUCUGUGCGUUAUUCCUAUGUAUAUUUUUAAAAUUUAAAAAUUCACAUAAACGAUGCGAUGUGGACAAAACCAAAACCGUUGUGGAAACAAAAUACAUAAAGCUAAUUUAUGCCAAUCUAUUCAAAUCUGAAGCCAAUGUUUACGAAAGUCGUGAAGUAAAUUUUAUUAGGAAACAUUAAAUGAGAGGAACGAGAGUAUUAAGUUGGUACUAAGUUUAUAUAGGAAACAUGUGAACAGAGAAAACCGUGAGGAUAGUGUAAGUUUACUCAAAGAUAGGAUAUAUGAAAGUUUUAACAUGGAUAGCUGGCAUAAAAAAGUAGGAUAAAGCACUUGAAUCGGCAACAAAACAUAAACUUGAACCACGUAAGCGCAAAAAUGUAUGGAAACAUGAAAUACAGAGAAUUUUAUUUCUUUAGAAUAUACAAAAGUACCAUAGUAUAUUUUGAUAUUUCAAAAAAAACAACAACAAAAUGCUAUCCGACAACCGGGUCAGUUUACUCCACUCGUAGAAGCUGUAAAAAAUCUAAAACAAUAGCUAGUUACCGCUAAAAGCUCAUUCGCCGUGCCGUGCUUUUGCUUCGAUUCACAACUACACACCGAAUCUAUUGGUAAAUUUCACAACGUGCGCGUCUCAUUCCAGUAGUAAACUUUUAAAUUGAUCGACAGAAAUCAGCACGCGUCUGCAGCAAAUCAUUGGUUCACCCACAUUAUUUUAUACAUAUCAAAAGCUGACCCUUUGCGCUGUCACAGUUUAUCCCUUUGUUAUAUAUCUUCUGCCAACUGAGGCACAAACCAGUUUAAAAUCGACCUGGUGUAAAUAGUCAUGCUUGCGUUUAAGUCACCUACGGAUAAAAAAGUCACGCGUUGUCGGCCAUUAUAUUUUGUUAGUUUGUUUAUGUUUGUUUAUUUUUUUUCUCACUCGCAUGAAAUGCACGGCGAAUGGUUCGAAUUCCCGUACAUUAGUUAUUAUACCUAAGCGUUCGUCAAGUGUCGAAAAGAUAUGAUGGAAUCUAGGAAACUGAUGAAAAAAAACCAAACAAAAAAUAACAUUUGUUGAAAAAAGCAUAACACAAAGCUAAAACCAAA